AUGGCUCCCAAGGCGGGUACAUCUCCUCCGCCACACCAGCCGCCCGACUCCGGGUGUCAGGAUUUCCUGAGAAUGGCUCGCAUCCACAUCACUUUCGCUUUGAUUGCUGCCACUGUUUCGUUGUUUUUCGUCUUCGAGCUUGUUUCGGUAUUUGGCGUCCCUACCGUCGACUACUGGCACUGGAAGCAGCCCAGCACCUGGAAGAGCAGCGAAGAUGCUCAGACACACGUUUGGGAGCUGAAGGAAGCUGCCGAGGCGGCUGCAGCCAGCGGCGAUGAGUACCUGAUUGGCGUGGGAAAGGCGGACAUUACUGGUCCUGUUGUUGAGCUCAACCUCAUGGGUUACGCCAACUCCAGCCAGAUCGGUACCGGCCUGCGCCAGCGCAUCUAUUCGCGCGCUUUCAUCGUCGCCAGCGUCGAAAACCCCGACGAGCGCUUCGUCUAUCUCGUGCUUGACACCCAGUCUGGAGACCUCGCUGUUCGAAACGGUAUACUGGAAGGACUGGCGAGCAUGGGCGACAAUUAUACCAUGUAUAGUCAGGCGAACGUAGCUGUGACUGGCACGCAUUCGCAUUCGGGCCCCGGCGCAUGGUUGAACUACCUGCUGCCGCAGAUAACCAGCCUUGGAUUUGACAAGCAAAGCUACCAGGCCAUCGUCGAUGGUGCCUUGCUAUCGAUCCAACGCGCUCAGGAAAGCCUCACAACCGGAACGCUGAGCGUUGGCACGACGGACAUCGCGGAUGCCAACAUCAAUCGCAGCCUGUGGGCCUACCUUGCGAACCCGGAAGAGGAGCGCGCCAAGUACACGGAUAACGUGGAUAAGACAUUGACGCUUCUGCGCUUCCAGCGGGCCAGCGACGGCAAGAACAUUGGCAUCCUGACUUGGUUCGCUGUCCAUGGUACAUCUCUGCUCGGUAACCAGACGCUCAUUGCCGGUGACAACAAGGGUGUUGCUGCCUACCUUUUCGAGCAGGAGAUGGCAAGCAAUGCCAACGCGGCAGAGGGUUUCGUCGCUGGUUUCUCGCAGGCAAACGUCGGUGACACGUCUCCAAACGUCGAGGGCGCCUGGUGUGAGGAUGGCAGCGGCGAGGAAUGCACGCUUGAGACCAGUACUUGUGGUGGCAGGAGCCAGCCGUGCCACGGCAGAGGCCCAGCAUGGGGCUUGAACGACGGAGGGGCCAAGAGCUGCUAUGAAAUCGGUCGCAGGCAGUAUUCAGGUGCCCUGGACCUUUACUCAUCAUUCGACUCUAGCAGCACCGCGAUUUCCGGCUCAAUUGCAUCGUUCCACUCUUUCCACGACAUGUCAAACUUCACGUUUACUCUAUCCAACGGUAGUACCGUAAAAACUUGCUCGGCAGCCAUGGGCAACUCUUUCGCGGCCGGAACCACCGACGGUCCUGGUGCUUUCGACUUCACCCAGAAUGACACUGGAGCUCCAAACAACCCCUUUUGGAACGCUGUUGGCAGUCUCAUCCACAUACCUAGUGCUGAGCAAAGAGCAUGCCAGCAGCCGAAGCCCAUCCUUCUUGAUGUCGGAGCAAGCACUGUGCCGUACCAAUGGGCACCGAACAUUGUUCAUAUCCAGACUCUCCGCGUGGGUCAAUUGUUCAUAAUCGUCAGCCCUGGCGAAGCGACAACAAUGUCCGGAAGGCGCUGGCGCGAGGCCGUGGCCAACGAAGUCACGUCUUCUGACCUGUUGGCCAGUGAAGGCAGUCUGGAUCCCAUAGUCGUUCUCGGCGGCCCAGCAAAUACCUAUUCUCACUAUAUCGCAACGCCCGAGGAAUACAGCGUCCAGCGCUACGAGGGUGCAUCGACCCUACAUGGUCCGCACUCACUCGAUGCAUAUAUCAACCGCACACUUACAUACCUGCCAUAUCUCGCUCCUGGCGCGGAGGGUGCACCACCUGCCGGUCCCACUCCUCCGGACAAUCGCGACAAAAGCGUGUCCUUCAUCAGUGGCGUCGUGUACGACGCCCCUGGAAUUGGCAAGAGUUACGGAGACGUCGUCACGGACGUCAGCUCUACAUACUCGGCUGGCGAUAUUGUCAAGGCUACCUUCGUCGGUGCAAACCCUCGGAAUAACCUGCGUCUCGAGGGAACCUUCGCCGCUAUCGAGAAACAGAACGGCGAUUCUUGGACACAAGUACUGGACGACAAAGAUUGGGAAAUUGUGUACGAAUGGGUCCGAAAAUCCUCGAUCCUCGGCACAAGCGAAGUCACCAUCACGUGGGAGACCAAUGAGGAUACAGCCUCUGGGACGUACAGAAUCAAGUACUAUGGUGAUUCGAAGGCUGUUGGCGGUGCCAUUACAGCGUUCAAUGGCACCAGUGGGACAUUUACGAUCUCCUAA